AUGCCCUGCAAGGUGCUCGCCGUCUGCCUCCUGGGGCUCCUGGCUCUCUCCUCCGCUUGCUACAUCCAGAACUGCCCCAUCGGGGGCAAACGUGCCGUCCUGGACAUGGACAUUAGAAAGUGCCUGCCCUGUGGGCCCAGGAACAAGGGCCACUGCUUCGGCCCCAACAUCUGCUGUGGAGAAGAGCUGGGCUGCUACAUUGGCACCUCUGAGACCCUGCACUGCCAGGAGGAGAACUUCCUGCCCACACCCUGCGAGUCAGGACACAAACCCUGCGGGGGUGGCAGUGGUGGGAGCUGCGCAGCGCCUGGCAUCUGCUGUGACACUGAUGGCUGCGUGGCUGACUCCUCCUGUGACCAUGAGAUGCUGCUGGAAUAG